CGAUGUCAAUUCAUGAAAACUUUGAAAGCCAAGUUGGAGAAAGACUUUGUUCCACAGAGAAAAGUCUCAUGAAAAACUGUCACACCCUCUGAUAAAAUCCAUCUCAAACUCUUGGAUAUUUCAUCUUUCCAUCAAAGCAAUUUUGAAGCAAAUGGGUGUCCCUCACUUUCUUGUUCUACCAUAUCCGGUUCAAGGCCACGUGAACCCCCUUAUGCAGUUCUCUGAAGCUGUAAUCAAACACGGCUGCAAAAUCACUUUCGUGAACACUGAGUUCAUCCACAAACAAGCUAAUAACUCUGGUGAGGCGUUGGACAACCUUAAAGAACAAGGGAUGAGGUUUGUGACAAUCCCAGAUGGGUUGGAUCCAGAAGAUGACAGAAGUGACCAUCAGAAAGUUCUUGUAUCUAUCAAAACCAACAUGCCUGCUUUGCUUCCAAAGCUCGUACAAGAUAUCAAUGCUUUGGAUUCUGACAACAACAUCACCUGCGUAGUUGCUACAAUGAACAUGGGUUGGGCCUUGCAAGUUGCCCACAAAUUGGGAAUUAAAGCUGCUUUUCUUUGGACUGCAUCUGCAGUUUCCUUGGCAGCAUGCUAUUGCAUUCCUAGGCUCAUUGAAGAUGGAAUUAUCGACUCAGAAGGAGUUCAAAUCAAAAAACAAGAAAUUCAGCUUUCCCCAAAUAUGCCUGUGAUGGAUUCUGCAGACCUCCCAUGGGGUGGCGUUGCUAAGAUAUUCUUCUCUCACAUAGUUAAAGAGAUGAAAAACUUGGAGUUUGGAGAAUGGUGGCUUUGCAACACCACUUCUGAUCUUGAGCCUGGCGCAGUUACCAUAUCACCAAGGUUCCUCCCAAUCGGGCCAUUGAUGGAAAGUGACACCAACAAAAGCUCAUUCUGGGAAGAAGACACAACUUGCUUAACCUGGUUGGAUCAGCAGCAACCUCAAUCUGUUGUAUACGUUUCCUUUGGUAGUUUAGCAACGUUGGAACCAAACCAAUUCAAAGAACUAGCUCUAGGCCUUGAUCUCCUGAAAAGGCCUUUUCUUUGGGUUGUUCGUCCGAGCAGUGAUAAGAACAAGGUAAACAACGCAUACCCUGAUGAAUUCCAUGGAGGUAAAGGUAAAAUUGUGAAAUGGGCACCUCAGAAAAAGAUAUUGAACCACCCUGCCAUAGCUUGCUUCAUCAGUCACUGUGGUUGGAAUUCCACUUUGGAGAGUUUGUGCAGUGGCAUACCUUUCUUGUGUUGGCCAUUUUUCAGUGACCAAUUUUUUAACAGGUCGUAUAUUUGUGAUGUGUGGAAGGUUGGUCUGAGAUUAGAGAAGGAUGAAAAUGGAGUAAUAGUGAAGGGAGAGAUAAGGAAGAAGGUGGACCAAGUUCUUGAGGAUGGAGACAUAAAAGCAAGAUCACUGAAACUGAAGGAAUUGUUGGUGGUGGAUAACUCAGUUAAGGGUGGUCAAUCAUCAAAGAAUCUAGAAAAGUUUAUUAACUGGGCCAAGUAAUGGCACCUUCAGCAGCAACACUUUGGUUAAAAGUUUUCUUUGUCUGUUUUCUCUUUAUUUAGAGGCUUAAAUACAUUUUUUUUUGUCUUUAUUUUAGUAGUGUUUGUUGUGAAUGAUACUCAUUUUGACAGAAUGUUUAAAAUGGUCCUCAUUUUUUCAAUUCGUGUUUUAUUUGGUUUUUUUCUGUAAUGUCGUUUAAAUCAUUAACGAAGGAUUGUACAGGUGACACGAUUUGUAUCAGGGUGUGUUAUGUGUACUGUACAUACAAAUUGUCCACCUGUAUAAUGUUCUGUUAAUGAUUUAAACGGCGUUACAGAAAAUGACCAAAUAAAACAUGAAUUGCGAAAAUGAGGAUCAUUUUAAAUAUUCUGUAAAAAUGAUGAUCAUUUUAAACAUUCUGUCAAAAUGAGGACCAUUUUAAACAUUCUGUCAAAAUGAGGAUCAUCCGCAACAAACACUACGAAAAUGAGGACGAGAAAGAUAUUUAAGCCUUAUUUAUAUUUGAAAGGAAACUUGUGUAGUAUGUGUGCAACUAUUUCACUUUGUAGUAAUUUGUUCUAAAAUAAAAUAUAACGUUACAACUUGAAAUCUUGAUAAAUUGA